AUGAUGCGCUCCUACUCCCUGCCCUGCCUCCUCCUCCUGCCCCUUGGUGCCUGCUUUCCUCUAGUGGACAGAGAGGAGCCUGGAGACCCCAGGCGUGGCUUCGGAGCUGAGAUGGGCUGGGCUGACCUGGCCCGGGGGCAUCAUCGACCUGAUCUCAGGUGGGGUUCCUCUCGGCAGCCCCGGGCUCCCCAGCCGCUGGCCCUCCUGGUCAUAGCCAAGGAGUUGCAGACAUCCAACAAGGAGCACGCCGGCUUCAGGUUCCGGUUUGGGAGGCAGGAUGACAGUGGCGAGGCCACCAGCUUUCUCCCAGCAGACGGCGAGAAGGCCAGCGGUCCCCUGGGGAACCUCGCUGAGGAGCUGAGCGGCUACAGCAGGAAGAAGGGCGGCUUCAGCUUCCGAUUCGGCCGGCGGUGA